AUGGACGAAUGCUCGCCUAGAGAAGGUAGUGAGGAAGAAACAGAGUCGGAAACAGCAACAUCAAAUGUCAGUACUUCAGAUUCAGAACCUAGAACACACGGGAAAUCUGAUUCUCAAUGGCGAGGAUUCCUUCGCAAACUGAAAAAGGGACCGGCAAUGCAUUUGCAUACGUUCCAUCCUACUAUACCUCAUCUUCCUUCAAUCAAGAAACGAUCGACAAGAAAAGAAAGAAACACAAAGAGUUUGCCGGGACUUUCUCCCGGUAUAGAUUCUGAAAUGUUUUAUUGUUUCGAAGCUUCAUGGAAAAAUUUCUCUCUCUUGGACCUCCAAGAAGCGACAAACAAUUUCAGCCGUGAAAAUUUGAUUGGGGAAGGAGGUUAUUCUGAAGUUUACAAAGGACACUUGGAAGAUGGACAACUAGUAGCAGUUAAAAGGUUGAUUCGAGGAACUCCGGAGGAGAUGACAGCAGAUUACUUAUCUGAGCUCGGGAUAUUGGUUCAUGUCAACCAUCCGAAUAUUGCACGUGUUAUUGGUUAUGGGGUCGAAGGAGGGAUGCACCUCAUUCUUCCCUUGUCACCUAAUGGAAGCUUGCAAUCCCUACUUAAUGGUCAAAAGGAGAAACUACCGUGGUAUGUUAGAUACCCUAUAGCUUUAGGCAUUGCUUCUGGCCUUGCAUAUCUUCACGAGGGUUGCCAGCGGAGAAUCAUCCACAGAGAUAUCAAAUCUGCCAACGUUUUGCUUACUGAAAAUUUUGAACCUCAGAUAUCGGAUUUUGGGCUUGCAAAGUGGCUUCCCGAUCAGUGGACUCACCUCACUGUUACACAGUUCGAAGGCACAUUUGGUUAUCUCCCUCCCGAGUUUUUCCUGCAUGGCGUAGUGGAUGAAAAAACUGAUGUUUACGCUUUUGGGGUACUAUUGUUAGAGCUCCUCACAGGUCACCCAGCUUUAGACGAGUCACAGAAAAGUGUCGUGAUGUGGGCCAAACCUUUGAUCAUUAGCAAAAAUCUUUCUGAGCUAGUCGAUUCAUCAUUUAACGGUGUUUAUGAUCCUGAGCAAAUGAAUCGGAUGAUUAUGGUUGCAUCUUUAUGUCAUGCGAAUGUUGAAAGGCGACGAAGGCAUCCUGCAGAGCAAGAGAAAGUUCCAAAAGAGGCCCGCACUCAAGAGGACAGGCCCAUUGCAGCUGAUCGAGGAAGAAGAUUCUAA